UAAAAUUCCUAUAAUAUAAAAGUUAAUUUAAAUUGACAACUGCAAUUUAUUAUUUCAUAAUAAUUACAAUUUGAAAGCGUAGAUAAUCUUUCUGAAGAACCACACAGAAAAGUCCUUCAAAGUCGCCAUUUAACAAAAACAAAACCACAAUUACGUAAAACUCAUCAUUUUAUUUUAAGCCAUCUCACGAUGUGAAAAAAAAAUUAAUUACAAAAAACACAAUUUUGAACUUUCUUGUAUAAAUUCUCAAUAGACCAAUUAAACCAAUCGCUUCUUCUUAUAUCACAUCGUUUCUGUGCAAAUCUAACUUUAAAGUUUAAACUACACGGUAUAAAUCCAUAGAGCACGUUAUGUAAUUGUGUUUAAAUAAUAGACAUGGGAAUAAAUCCAGGAAAACGACUGUUAAACGUUGAUAAAGUUUAAUCGUCCAGAGAUCUCCUGAAGAAUUUUGUUUUUUUAAUCGUUCCCCAUUUCACCUAACUGAUACUCAAAGGAGAAGUCACAAAUCGUAAAGGGGAGAGAAGAAAACGAGUGUGGUGGGAUUCACAUUUGCUGGUUGUGUAUAAAUACGAUAGAACAUCGCCAGUGAAGAGUAAACUUGUUAAAGUAAUCUUCGAUUUGUAUUGCGUAGUUUAUAUGAUAAACAAAAUUUAAUAUGAAGAAUUACUUAAUUAUUUUUGGUUUGGUUACACUUGUAACUACAAAUCCCAUCGAUUUAAGUGGUUACGAUGGCGGUUUACACGGAUCUCUUUAUUCUUCAGCACCGGCCGUUCAAAAAGUUGAAGCAGACGCUUAUCCAAAAUAUCAAUUUAAUUAUGGUGUUAAAGAUAGUCAUACUGGUGAUAUUAAGGAACAAUCUGAAGAACGAGACGGUGAUCACGUAAAAGGAGAAUAUUCUUUGGUCGAGCCAGACGGAACGGUUCGAAAUGUUAAAUAUGAAGCGGACAGUCAUAACGGAUUUAAUGCGGUUGUUACUAAAACAGGACAUGCUUCACAUCCGGCCGCUGCACCGAAAAUUUCAAUACCGAUUAAUUCCCAUGGACUUCUAAACUCGUAUCAUUAAAAAAAUUCUUUCAAUUUCUUAUUCCAAUAUGACCGUUUGGCAGAUUUAUUUUAUCGUCGUUAAUUAUGUAUUUUCGUACAACUUGAGUAUUAUCUUUUAGAUUAAGUUAAGUACUUUUUUUUAUUGUUUUAUAUUAAAAUAUA